AUGAGUUCACCCCCAAAGAUCCUUGCAACAUGCAAGCAAACUCGAUUCCACCUUGAAGACAAGUCUUCAUCUGAGAUUGAUGUAGAGGGUCUUGUAAUUGCUGUUACCUCAUCGACUCUAGAACCAAAUGAAGAUCCAACAUCGAGAAAAACAAAGUCAAAGUCGAAGACUAAAGCUGCUGGACAAGAGCUUAUUUCCGACGGUCACCUCCGUCUCAAGGCAGGCGUUCACUAUGGGUUGAUAGGAAGGAAUGGGACCGGAAAGUCUACACUGUUGAAAGCGAUGGCUGAAAAGCUUAUUCCUGGAAUACCCCAUGCUACGCGCAUUGCUAUUCUCCAGCAGACGAACGACAAUGAUGAUUUUGAGAGUACCAUAGGACCAAAGUCAGAUAAAACUGUCUUGGAAUCUGUAUUCAGUAGUGAUGAAGUUAGGAAUGAGGCUGUUCGAACCGCCCAUUUACUUUCUACGAGCUUUGAGUCGGAGGAUCCUCUCGAACCGGUGCAUGCAAUCAGGAAAUUCCGGUGUCAGCAGGCUGAAAAAGAGCUACAGCUAGCUCAAAAGAAUGUCAGCCUGAAGAGCGGUGCAAGGGGUUUGCAAGCCAGAAAGGAUCUGAAGACUGCUGAAUUGAACCUAGAUUCUGUACGAGAGUUACUUGCACAGGAACCAGGUGCUAUUGAUCCUGAAACAGUCCAGGUGGACACACAACAUGCAGCUGAUAUGCUGCAGAUGGUACAAUCUCAGCUAGAAGACAUGAAACUUGCAGAUAUUGAAAAAGAAGCUCGUAAAGCACUUCUGGGCCUGGGCUUCAAACUUGAAGGACUUGGGAAAAAGGUCUCUUCGCUGUCAGGGGGCUGGCAGAUGCGAUGCAAACUGGCAAGCAUUCUAAUUCAGAGACCCGAUGUCAUGAUUCUCGAUGAGCCUACAAAUUUCUUAGAUCUUCUAGGAGUGAUCUGGCUCGAGACUUACCUUAAACGAAUGCGCGAGAUUUCUGAGACUACAGUUGUUCUUGUCUCUCAUGAUCGUGACUUCACUAACACUAUCUGCGAAGAAAUUAUUAUCCUGCGAGAUCAGAAACUAAAUUACUUCCGUGGUAACCUUGCUGCCUACGAGAAAGAUUUUGAAGAUCAAAAACUAUACCUAGGGCGAAUGAGAGAAUCACAGGAGCGUCAAAUCGCCCAUAUGGAAGCGAGUAUUCGGGAGAACCUGAAGGUCGGCAAGAAAACCAACGAUGAGAAUAAGCUCCGUCAAGCGAAAUCUCGACAGAAGAAAGUUGACGACAGGAUGGGUCUGCAAGUCAGUGCAAAUGGAGGCAGGUUUAAACUGAACCGGGAUUUGGUUGGGUAUCACUUGACUAGCCGGGCAGAGAUCGAGGUGCCGACAGACGAGAGGGGCGCGAUGAUGAGUAUGCCCGAUGCCACGGAGCUUCGGUUUCCAGGACCACUGGUUUCUUUAGAGGGAAUUACCUUCCGAUAUGACAAGAAUGAGGGAACGAUUUUAGAUAAUGUCAAUCUGGUCAUUCAUAUGGGUGACCGGGUCGGCAUCAUGGGUAUCAACGGAUCGGGGAAGACUACUCUAAUCCGUAUCGCGACAGGACAAAUCUCUCCUACUCGAGGUAAAGUCACGACGCAUUCACGGCUGAAAGUAGGAUACUACGGCCAACACUCUGCCGAAGAAUUGCUUGAACGCUCUCGAGGUGAGCCUGGCCUGACUGCAUUAAGCUUACUGAUGGCCGAGACUGGUGGAGCACUCAAUGAAGGUGAGGUUAGAGGGCUGUUGUCAUCAAUGGGAUUAUCAGGCCGCAUUGUGUCUGAUGUGCCAAUAGCCAAGCUAUCCGGAGGGCAGCUAGUCCGACUUGCUCUGUCACGAAUAGUAUGGAGCGCACCGCAACUUCUCAUUCUUGAUGAAAUUACCACUCAUCUGGAUUUUCAAACCGUCACUGCCCUUGUGACAGCAUUAUCGUCAUUUAACGGUGCAAUCCUACUUGUUUCGCACGACAGGUUCUUAAUCCGAUCGGUGAUUGAAGGUAAACAGGAUAUGGAUCAAAGCCUUGACGAGAACUUUGAGGGGGUGAACGAGGAGAAAGUGGAUAUCAAUACUCGAUGCCGUUCAGUGUACGUUGUCAAAGCGGGCAAGUUGGUCGAGCAGUCAAAUGGAGUAGAGCAGUUUGAGAAGAGCCUGGUGAAACGAGUUCAAAAGGGACUCUCAAGUUAA